AUGCCGUGGCAACGGCGGUGGGGGACGGGUGCCGCCGACGACGACGACUGCGCGGCAGACUUCGUGGCGGGGCUUCUGGGCGGCGGCGGCCCCGUGCGCGACGAGCACGCCGGCGGCGGGAUGCCGGAGAAUGUGUAUAAGUCGAAGAAUUUGGAAGCAGAGAGGAAACGGAGGGCCAAGCUGAAGGGCCAGUUCUUCGCCCUCCGCUCCCUGGUUCCCAGGAUCACAAAGGCAGGCGAGAGAAAACCCCAGCUCCCUCCACUUUAGGCUCCGGGAUUAUCGAUCGACCACGCUUUCCCCCGCAGAUGAGCAAGGAAUCCACCCUCGCCGACGCGAUCGACUACAUCCAGGAGCUCCAGAGCCGGAAAGAGCAGCUCCAGAGGGAAUUGCAGGAGAUGGCAGACGCGGAAGCGGAGAUCCAGGGGAGCGUUUCGAGCACCGGGGAGAAGCCUCUGCCAGAACCCGUCGACUGCAAGGUUCCUCCCCGGCCAUGGCCCAUUGAUCUGAACCAGGCGGCGACCUAAUCCUCCCUCUCCUCGAGCUCUUGUUGCAGGAGGAGGUGGAGGUGAGGCCCAUCGGCAAGAACAGGCUCCGGGCCAGCAUAGUCUGCAGUAAGAGGAAGGGCGCCCUGGCGAAGCUGGCGGAAGCCAUGAGCACCCUCGGCCUCGAGGUGACCGGCGUCAACUUCCUCACACUCCCCGGCGUCUCCCGGGUUCUGAUCUUCAUGGAGGUGAGGAGAUGGCCAUUCUCGGCGCUGCUCCCCCCCCUCUCUGACGGAGAACUGACGGACGACCUGCUUUUCUUCCCUCGACGCGAACUACGAAGAUGAGGGGCGAGCGGGCGGUCGCCGGUGAAAGAGUGAGAGACCUGCUGCUUAGGGUGAUCUGA